AUGGUGGCAGACGACUCCAACAUGACGAACGGUGUGUCUUCCACCCGUCCUACCGAGAAACAGGCAUUCGAGGCCACGCCGCCAACGAAGCACAUCGAGCGCAUGCACCGCGCUGGAGAGGCGAAAGGCGAGGUCGGUAUCGCUCUCUCAGAGCUGUGGCUGGGACUUGCCGCACAAAAAGAUCACGACGGCCGCGUUAACAUUGCUUUCGCAUGCCACGACGGCACCUAUACCAUAGACUUUGCAGUACACCAGCUCAGCGUGAAGGAGCAGGAUGUCCGAGACAAGCAGGACAGCGAGUGUCCUACGAGCCUGCCAACCGACUCGGCGGGUCAGGCCACAGCGGUUGCCGAGUACGUAGUCUGCAAGAUCCGCAACUACUGCUCACAGAACUCGUACAAGUUCUUGGGCGCUGGUAUCUCGCAGGAGAUCAUCAAGCUCAGCCCGCGGGCACCGGCACGGCUAUGGGCCGAGCUCGAUAUUGUGCCCAUCGUCAUUAGGGAUGAGGAAGGCGGCAGCAUGGAAAGGGCGAAAGAAGUCGAUGCAGUACUAGGCGUAGACGAGCUCGCAGAUUCCAUGGCGAGGAAGUGUUUACAGUACUUCGGACCGAGCGGACAGCCACGAGUACAAGUCGGCUUCAGCAACAAAGUUGAGGUUGACCUAGACGGCCGUGCUCAACUCACAGCGCUCGAGCAAUACAAGUAUGCCGUGAACGAGCACACAUGGAGCGCAGCGUUGAAGUACGCCCAGUCCCUCAAGCAAGGCAAGAAGAAGUUCGCAUUCUUCUCUGCGACACCGCAAGGAGGUGGUGUAGCAUUGAUGCGACAUGCGCUGGUCCGCUUCUUCAGGCUGCUAGGUGUUGACUGCACAUGGUGGGUGCCGAAGCCCAAGCCUGAGGUCUUCCGUGUCACAAAGACCAACCACAACAUCCUCCAAGGCGUAGCAGACCCGAAAGAACGACUUACUAAAGACCACCAGAAGCUUAUUGAUGACUGGAUUAAGAACAAUGCAGAGCGCUUCUGGACCCGGAAAGGAGGCCCUCUGGCGCCUCGCUCCGAAGGCGGAGUCGACGUCGUCAUCGUCGAUGACCCACAGAUGCCUGGUAUCGUCGACAUCGCCAAGGCCCAGGACCCAGAUCGGCCAGUCAUCUUCCGCUCGCAUAUUCAAGUCCGCUCAGACCUUGUCGCGAAGCCCGAAACGCCUACUGCUGGUGUAUGGGAGUGGCUGUGGGUCAGCGCACAACACGCCGACCUCUUCAUCUCCCACCCCGUCUCAGCUUUCGUUCCGCAUACAGUCGAGAAGAACCGCUUAGGCUACAUGCCUGCAACAACUGACUGGCACGAUGGUUUGAACAAAGAGCUCAGCGAGUUCGAUACGCGAUACUACCUGCACGAGUUCAACACCGAGUGCCAACGCCAGCGCAUGACCACCCUCGCAUUCCCAAAACGCGAUUACAUCGUCCAGAUCGCACGAUUCGACCCUGCGAAGGGCAUUCCGGACGUCCUCGCCAGCUAUGCCGAGUUCAGGCGGAACUCAGACUUCUGCAAAAACAAGAACAAGGAUGAGACGCCACAGCUGGUCGUCUGCGGACACUACAGCGUGGACGACCCGGAUGGCGUGAUGGUGCUAAAUCAGACGCUCGAGCUGCUAGACACGAAGUACUCGGAUAUCAAGGAUAGCGUGGUGGUCAUGCGUCUGGGACCGACCGACCAACUGCUCAACGCCCUGAUGUCGAAUGCGAAAGUAGCGCUACAGCUCUCCACGCGGGAAGGUUUCGAGGUCAAGGUCUCCGAAGGCCUGCACAAAGGCGUUCCCAUGAUCGUGACGCAAGCCGGCGGUAUCCCGCUGCAGGUGCAACACGACAAGUCCGGAUUCUUGGUCGAGACGGGCGACUCGAGCGCAGUGGCGAAGUACCUGGAUGUGCUGUUUAGCGACAAGCAGAAGUACGAGACUAUGUCGCAGUUCGCGGCGAGCCACGUGAGCGACGAGGUAGGUACGGUGGGCAAUGCAGUGUGCUGGAUGUAUCUGGCGGAUAAGCUGAGCAAGCGGGGAGAGAAACUGGAGCCUAAUGGGAGGUGGAUAUGGGACCUGGCGAGGGAUGAGGCGGGCGAGUCGAAGGGGAGCAAGGAGGUGUGGUUGCCGAGGGAUUGGACGACGUAG